AGCUUUCAAGAGGAGCGUGGGAAUGGGUUGCAGAUCAAAGGCGGCCCUUGUAUUCCGGGUUGGGAUGUAAGCAGUGGUUAUCGGACAUGUGGGCGUGCAGACUUACCCAACGCACUGAUUUUUCUUAUGAGGGAUAUCGUUGGCAUCCGGAAAACUGUGAGAUGCCAGAGUUUGAAGGUUCAGAAUUCUUGAGAAGAAUGCAGGACAAAACUAUUGCUUUCAUAGGUGAUUCAUUAGGCAGGCAGCAAUUUCAAUCUCUCAUGUGUAUGGUCACUGGUGGUGAGGAGAAACCAGAAGUUGAAAAUGUGGGCCGGAAGUAUGGUCUUGUCAAAGCUCGUGGAGCCAUUCGCCCUGAUGGAUGGGCAUAUCGGUUUCCACAUACCAACACAACCUUCUUAUAUUACUGGUCAGCAAGUCUUUGUAACAUAGAACCUAUAAACAUGACAGACCCAGCUACAGAAUUUGCCAUGCAUUUGGACAGCCCACCUGCUUUUCUUAACCGAUUUCUCAAUCAGUUUGAUGUUUUGGUACUUAAUACUGGACACCAUUGGAACAGAGGGAAGCUCAGAGCUAACCGGUGGGUGAUGUAUGCAAAUGGAAAUCCGGUUGAAGAUAAGAAGCUUGCAGAAAUAGGGAAUGCCAAAAAUUUAACAGUUCAUAGUAUUGUUAGGUGGCUUGAUUUACAACGUUCCAUGCAUCCACGCCUAAAAGCUUUCUUCCGAACAAUUUCUCCAAGACAUUUUUUUAAUGGGGAUUGGAACACAGGAGGUAGCUGUAAUAAUACCACUCCAUUGGCUGGAGGGAGUGAAGUUUGGCAAGAUGAAUCAAGUGAUCCUGUUGUUGAGGGAGCUGUUAAGGGUACUGGGGUUAAGAUUUUGGACAUAACUGCUAUUUCUCAACUGAGGGAUGAGGGUCACAUAUCUCGCUACAGUAUAAAAGCAUCAGAUGGGAUACAGGAUUGCUUGCAUUGGUGCCUACCCGGCAUUCCUGAUAUGUGGAAUGAACUCCUUUAUGCACAAUUAUAGGGUAUCUCAUGUCGUUGAAGAAGGCUUUAAGUGAAAGCGCAAGGACUAUCAUGCCAUUAUUUAUGUUCGAAAUUGGCCUACUGCUGUUUUUGAUAUAUUCUUUAUGUAGUAGAUUUUCUUUUGAAUGAUAAAUAGAAGCAGCAGCCGAUAUUUCCAUUUCUUACAAUUACGACCAGAUGGGAACGAGAUAGUGGUUAAAGCUGCACAUUAGCUUGAUGAGGUUGUUGCUGGAAGUGUUGGGGUUUGGCAGAGGUUCUGCUCUGCUUUCAUGGCUGUUGUAUGUAGGAUCACAUCCCCAUUAAUAGACACAAUAUUUUCUAUCUUUAAUUAGAGUAGUUU